AGAAGCAUCAUCUCCCGGAAGACCGCGGUUCUGGUGACAAUGGAGGCUUCUCUGUCCUUCCCGUGACUGGAGCAAUGCUGACCUCGGUUUCCUGGACCCAUUCUGACUCAGGAGCCUUCACCUAAAUGGGUCCAGUCAUGCCUCCCAGUAAGAAGCCAGAAAGCUCAGGAAUUAGCGUCUCCCGUGGGCUGAGUCAGUGUUACCGGGGCAGCGGCUUCUCCAAGGCCCUUCAGGAAGACGAUGACCUCGACUUUUCUCUGCCCGACAUCCGAUUAGAAGAGGGGGCCAUGGAAGAUGAGGAGCUGACCAACCUGAACUGGCUGCACGAGAGCAAGAACUUGCUGAAGAGCUUCGGGGAGUCGGUGCUCCGGAGCGUCAGCCCCGUCCAGGACCUGGACGAUGACACGCCCCCGUCGCCCGCCCACUCUGACAUGCCCUACGAUGCCAGGCAGAACCCCAACUGCAAGCCCCCCUACUCCUUUAGCUGCCUCAUAUUUAUGGCCAUCGAGGACUCUCCGACCAAGCGCCUGCCAGUAAAGGAUAUCUACAACUGGAUCUUGGAACAUUUCCCGUAUUUUGCAAAUGCACCUACUGGGUGGAAAAACUCCGUGAGACACAAUUUGUCGCUGAAUAAGUGUUUUAAGAAGGUGGACAAAGAGAGGAGUCAGAGUAUUGGGAAAGGGUCAUUGUGGUGCAUAGACCCGGAGUAUAGACAAAAUCUAAUUCAGGCUUUGAAAAAGACACCUUAUCACCCACACCCUCAUGUGUUCAAUACACCUCCCGCCUCUCCUCAGGCAUAUCAAAGCACAUCAGGUCCACCCAUCUGGCCGGGCAGUACCUUCUUCAAGAGAAAUGGAGCCCUUCUACAAGAUCCUGACAUUGAUGCUGCCAGUGCCAUGAUGCUUUUGAAUACUCCCCCUGAGAUACAAGCAGGUUUUCCGCCAGGAGUGAUCCAGAACGGAGCACGGGUUCUGAGCCGAGGGCUGUUUCCCGGAGUCCGGCCAUUGCCAAUCACUCCCAUCGGAAUGACGGCCGCCAUGAGAAUCAGGUCACUUGCCAAAUCAGAACUAGGGUCCUGCGCCAGCGUGGAUGUCUGCUCCCACUGGCUCUGCUGCCUCCCUGCCCACUCCCGCCCACCCAGCCACCACCAGCCAUCUGCAGAACCUUCCAGGUCUCCCACCCCAUCACCCAGCACCCAUCCCCAUCCCCCCGUCUUCUGGAGCCAUAUUUGUUCCCCAGAUAUGUCUGGGAUUUGCCCGUCUUAUUCAAGCCGUGUCCUCCCCGUAGGUUUCCCUCAGCCUCCACACACACGGCAGCACGUCCUUCAGGACCCGUCACGAACAUGAUCCCCUCACAGACCUUUUCUGAACACGGCAUCCGCUACAGGAAUGAAUUGCCGCUGCAGAGAUGAAGAGGCGUUAGGGUGAUGGAGGAACAGGAAACGCACAGGGAGGGCAUGUCCCUUCUUCCUCCACCCCUCCCCAGCCUCUCUGUGGCACCCCCUCUUGUC